CAGCAGCAGCAGCAGCUGGAGGGAAGGGGCAGAGGAAGCUAUAAAAGUCCCUGGCUCUGCCUCUUGCACACUUUGGCGCCAAAGGAGUGGGACCUUUCUUUGGAAGGGCUCUGGAUCCGCUGGCAACUUGAGAGAGAAGCUGGAGCCCCCCUUCCCUCCCAGCCCUUGAAGUUGGCCCUCCAAGACUUGGACGGCGGAGGGGCAGGCCUUGGAGACCCUCUUUCUCUGCUCCUCUGCCAGAAGGAGCAGCCACGGCCAGGAGCAGGAGGAGGAGAUCUUCCUGCCCUGCUGGCUCCCCGGCUCCGGGGAUGCCGUGAGGGGCUGGGCAUGAGGGCCAACGGGAGCCUGGGGCCCAACGGCUCUUCCUGGCCCCCCUCCUCCUCCUCCUCCCCCUGGGAGCGUCCCCCUUGGGUGGCCUCCACUCUGGCCGCCAUCCUGAUCUUCACCAUCGUGGUCGACAUCCUGGGCAACCUGCUGGUCAUCCUCUCCGUCUACAGGAACAAGAAGCUGAGGAACGCCGAUGUCUUUUGAACUGCUUCUGGUUAUCUUGGGGAACAAUGGAUGACUGGAGAAACAGCUGGAUCAUUGCAAGCAUAAUUUCACUUUUAGAAGACAGUCAACCAACAGGCAAACUCAAGAUAUGAAUGGAAGAGGAUGAACGAUGGAUCACAAUGGAGAAUUGUAUUUCAGAUUUGCCUAUCUUCAGGUAACUUAAAUGGAAACGUCUUUGUUGUCAGUCUAGCUGUUGCUGACCUGGUAGUGGCCAUCUACCCAUAUCCUCUGGUCCUGACAUCUCUCUUUCACAAUGGAUGGAACCUGGGAUACCUGCACUGUCAAAUCAGUGGUUUUCUCAUGGGCCUAAGUGUUAUUGGGUCCAUCUUCAACAUCACUGGAAUUGCUAUUAACAGGUAUUGCUACAUUUGCCACAGCCUCAAGUAUGACAAGUUCUACAGUGACAAGAACGCUUUAUUCUACGUCAUACUUAUCUGGGUCUUGACAUUUGUUGCCAUUGUGCCCAACCUUUUUGUUGGAUCCCUUCAGUAUGAUGCCAGGAUCUACUCAUGUACCUUCUCCCAGUCAGUGAGCUCUGCAUACACAAUAGCAGUCGUAUUUUUCCAUUUCAUGCUCCCUAUAGCCAUUGUUACAUUUUGCUACUUGAGAAUAUGGAUCCUCGUCAUUCAGGUACGGAGAAGAGUGAAACCUGAUAACAAACCCAAACUGAAGCCACAUGACCUUAGGAACUUUGUUACCAUGUUUGUGGUCUUUGUACUUUUUGCCGUCUGCUGGGCUCCUUUGAAUUUUAUAGGCCUUGCAGUGGCUGUUGAUCCAGAAACAAUAACGCCCAGGAUUCCAGAGUGGUUGUUUGUUUCUAGUUACUACAUGGCAUAUUUCAACAGCUGCCUUAAUGCUAUCAUUUAUGGACUUCUGAACCAGAAUUUCAGAAGAGAAUAUAAACGAAUCAUUGUGACAAUUUGUACAGCAAAAGUUUUCUUCCAGGACAGCUCUAAUGAUGCAGUCGACAGGAUGAAAAGCAAACCCUCACCACUGAUCACAAACAACAAUUUAGUGAAGGUUGACUCAGUGUGAAAAGAGAAACCUUGUCACUGACAAUUUACCGAUGUGUAACGUGCAACAUUUAAAGGCUAUGUCUGUUAGCCUCAUGGUUCAAUUACUGCAAUGAAACUUUGAUCCACAAAUGUACUCAGAAGAGGAUAUCUGUACAGGAUUUUUGAGCCAAAGCAACAAUUUUGAAAUAAAUGUCCUCCUAUUGCACUAUAUGUUAUUAUAUACAGUGGGCAUAAUCCAACCAAAAUCAACUAUCUACGACCCAUUGAUGUCAGUGGGACAGUUAAAUAUGAUGUUAAAUUUCUACCAUUGACAUUAAGGAGACUAAAAUGUUUUUCUUUGGCUGGAUAAUUCCUAGUGAUUCACUGACACAAUGACAGUCUUAAAGUGCAAUCCUGUCCUUGUUGUCUUAGAAGAAAGUCCCAUUGAAAUCAGUGGGAUUUACUUCCAUAUAAAGAGGUGUAAGAUUUGCAGCUAUAGGCAAUUAGAAUUACCUAGCAAAUAGUUGUCAGUCUUUCUUUUAAUUUAGAUAUACAAUAGAGAUGGACUGGAACUAAUAGAGACAUGUUGCUUGGUGGUGUUUUUAUUUAUUUUUUAAUAAAAUAAAAAUAAAAGCACCACCCAAAUCUUAAUCUAAAGGUGCAAAGCAAGGUUCUCAUAGCAAAACUGUCCAUCCUCAAUACUUGCUCAAGUAAAAUAGAUAUUAUGAAUGAGAAAAAAUACGUGUUACACCAGGUGGUAGACAGUUAAAACCAAACCGGUGCUUACAAAUUAUCUGGGAAUAUAUGUCAGGAAAUCAAUGAAUAAAAAGUUAUGGUGUCAAAUGACAAGAAACCACUAAUGAGGAGUAAGCAAUAAAGGACAAAAGCAUGCAUAGUCUGUCACAUUUGUGCAUGUGCAGAGCCUCGAAGUAACUAGUUCCAAAUAAUAAGUUAAUUUAAAUUUAUUGCAUUUUCCAAUAAGAAGGUUACAUUACAAUUGUACAGUUCCAUUACAAUCAUAAUGUAAUGAGGAAUAAUUUUCCUCCUUUUACAAAUAAACUAUAACUGUUUUGCUAUUGCUUUCAUAGUUACAUGGUAGCAUGGCCUCACUACUCAGGUGUGUUUUGUACUACAGGCCUUUGGCUCGUGGCAAGAUAAUGCUUUGUUUUUAAAAGUCAGUAAAACUAUUUUAUCUACUUUGGAAUAAUGAGACAGUAAAGAGUUACUUUUUAAAUUCGUAGCUAACAGGCACUAACUAGUCUGAGGGCCUUGGAAUUGUAUAACUGCUUUUAUAAAGUAGCUUCCAAGCUUUGUGUGUGUGUGAGGAAAUGGAAGGUGCACAAAGAAAUCUCUAAGGAUGAAUGGCCUUUCAAGCCUCAGUGAUAAGGAAGGGUGAGACAGGUGAAUGACUGAGUCUCUUUUCAAGAGCAAAUAUGUAGCGCAAAGGAUUCUCUUCUCAUGGUAGCAGUAAAGGAUCCUGUGGCUCUUGCCUGUUAAGAUGAACUUUAUAAAAUACUGAAAUCAGAGAUAUUCAUAUUAAAUUCCAUUAUUAUAUCUGCCAUAAAUGCCCAGGUGGGGAGUAGAAAGUCUAGAAAACCGCCUACAUUGGUGAAGAUGGAAGCCUUUGUUAGAGGGAGACAAAGAUCAGAGAUGUCCAGUUAUGUCACAGAAGCAUUUGUUGCCUAUGCUCCUUUAUGGUGAUACAGAUAGAAACAAUGUGAAGCAUAGGUAUAUACCAAAUGAUAAUUUCCAUGUAUCUGAUGGUUUGGCUCAAGGUGUGUCCAAAUACCCCUUUCAAAUUCUCCCCCUUCUGUUAAAAGUAUUCUGUUUCAAAAUGUGCUACUACAUUAAGCCAAAAAUACUAUACUUUCUAGAUUUCUAGACAACCACUGUGUUGGUCAACAGUAUCCCAUAUUAGUUCAAACCCAUCUCUUGGUUGGGGCAAGUGGAUAAAUAGUUUGACCUAUGUUAUUGUAAGUUCAUGUUGUACAGUGUAGUGAAACACUUUAGAUACAAUGCCUUUAAAAGUGCUAAAUAUUUAUCAUAUUCUAUAGACUAGGCAUAAUCUCAAAAAUAGCUCUUACUUCCUAAGGGAAUAAUAUUACUGUACAAUUUAACAUAGCUCAUGGGGCAAAUAGGGGGAAAAACCUUUCAUACAUACUUGAAACUUAACAUUUGGUCAACUGAAUGGGUGUUUUUAUCUUAACAAGAAUCUUGUGUUGUUAUUACUUUAUGCUCACUUUACAUUUGGAAUGGCAUUAUCACAGCAGCAACCGCCACUUUUUAACGUCUGAACAAGCCAGGCAAUGAAUUUCUUGAAGCACUUUGUUUACACUUAAACCAUGCUUGCAAACCAAGCCAUCGUGUAAAUAAUCAGUGCUCUUCUCUUGUGACAUCGUGUGGUAUGACUGACCAAAUUCUAUAUCACAGCUUCCUUCACUGUGAUUCCAUCCUUAGAGGAUGCUUAGUUGUGUACUGGCAUUGCUUUGUAUGUAGUGAUAUCAAACAAUUAAGGGGGGGUCAAGCUACCCAAUUUUAAUCAUUUAGGAGAAAUACACAGUUUGAAAUCUUAACAAAAUUUUUGCCUUACUUAAAUGAUACUAUGACUAAGAAUAAAAUUAUGUUUCAUGAUCCAUCUGACGAGUAGCAUAAAUUAUUUAUAAAAUAAAUAAAUAAAGUAGUUGCAGUAGUCUGAUCUGUAUUUAGUAUAUUUUAAAAAGAGGUUUCUUAUUCCCCUCUCGAAUCUGGAAGCUCAAAUCAAAACUAUACAUCCUUUGCUCAAACUGGUAUAUAUCAAUCAAUGCGAGUUAUCAGAAAAACUAACAGUGUGACCUGAUGCCUGUCUACUCAUAAAUAAUUCUCAUUGUGUUAAACAGGAAAUACUGCCAAGUAAGUGGCUAGCAGGUUUCAGCUUGAAAUCUCUAAGCCUACUAUCCUACACCCAUUUUCUUGAAAGUAAGCCCUGUUAAGUUCAGUACGAUUUAUGUAUGAGUAGGCAUCCAUAACAUUGCACUUAAAAUAUAUAUAUUUUUAUUAUAAUUGUGAAAAAAAAAUGAUUUGCUAUAUGCAAUAAAAACAUACAUUAUGCCAAAGGUCUAUAUUUUGGUGUAAAGGCCAACUAUUAAAAUGGAUAGCAUUUUCAGAUCUGAUAUUUUAAAAUAUUUGUAUUAAAUAUAAAGUCACGGAAAAUAUGCAUGUUGGUGAUGUUAACAAGCUGCUAAAUAUAGCAAUAAUUUUAAAGACCUAUCUAUUCUUUCUAAGUUCUUCAUUUUGUGUGUGUGUUUGUGUGUGUGUGUGUUUAAGGAAUUCCCCCAGAGUCAUGUGUAUGACCAGCUGGAGGGAAUUUUUUAUCAAAACUGCUUUCCAUAAUUAUUUUAUCUUUUAAGAUGUUUCAACUGCAAAAAAGGAAUAUAUCAACAAUUUAUUGGUAUGUUGCUAUCCUGUUAUUUCAGACAAACCAGUUUUCAAUUACAUGUUCUCUUUCUCCAAAACAAAUUCAUUAAAAUUUUAGAAGGUAGGCCUAAAUUCCAAUGUCACAAAAUUUAAUAUUCAUGGUAAUUCUGGGACGUUGCCCUCACCCCACCGUGGCUGAAAUGCUUCAGAGGGUAUUCCAACAGUCUGGCAUAUGUGGGGGCUACAGGACGUUGUGGAGAAAGUGCUAUCCCUUCUGUUUCUUCCCACAGAAACACCUUUGUUUCACAUCAAAACGCCACAAUAUGCUACAAAUUUGUAUUCCCUUUCUCAAAAUCUUUUCAAGUUCAUGUAUGUAUUUCUAAAAUUGUCAUCAUAAAUACAGGAUUGAAUCUAGCAGAUCUUCUAUAGAUCCCUCUUUUUACAAUAAAUAUAUAACAAAAGCUUCAAAUACGUAGUCUCCAACAUUGCAAGAUAAACAUGAGGAGACAUGUAGCCAAGCAGCAUUCAAGUGUGCUCAAGACAGUAACGGUUAUUAAUGAGGAAAGGCUACAGAAAUUU